AUGCCAUUACCACCGAGAGUUUUCAGGAUUAAUGCUAAGAAUAUCUUUCUUACUUACUCUAAAUGCUCAUUAUCAAAGGAAUACACAAUAGAGAAGCUGAGAGCACUUUCUCUCACCAGCAACAAGAAAUUCAUCCGGGUAGCAAGGGAAUUACAUGAAGACGGUACACCGCAUUUACAUGUUUUGAUACAGUUUGAAGGUAGGAUACAGGUAACAAAUCAGAGAUUGUUUGAUAUUGUGUCUCCACAUUCGUCUGCUAUAUUUCAUCCCAAUAUACAAUCUGCUAAGUCCAGCAAAGACGUCAAGGCAUACAUUGAAAAAGGUGGUGAUUUUCUAGACUGGGGCACAUUCCAGGAAGAUCCAAGGAAUUCCAGAAAUAGAGGACAAGCUUUGGAUGAUGUUUAUGAUGAUGCGUUGAAGUCAACAUCGGCAGAAGAGGCAUUACAGAUAAUAAGAAUAAAUGAUCCCAGAAUAUUCACACUGCAAUAUCACAAUCUGAGAGCGAAUUAUGAAAGAUUAUUUUACAAGCCUCUUGAUCCUUACAUAUCUUUCUGGGAAUAUUCUUCUUUUAAUAUAACCAGGAUUAUGAAUGAAUGGCUGGAGCAUAAUUUUCAGAUUAAUUGUGCUGCGCAGCCGGUGGAAAUAUAA